AAAUAUGAUAGAAUUUAUUAAAAAUGGUCUCGAAAAUCUUACGAGCAAUGCUUCGUGGAUUGAUGAAACUGCACGAAUGUCUCUAAUUAAAACAGCUCGUAAAAUGAAAUUUCUCUCUGGAUAUAAUCCGAAAGUACGGGAUAUACAAUACGUAAAUGAAUAUUAUAAAUUCAUUCCAAAACUGACGAAUGAUUCAAAUUUGAAUGUUUUAUACAUUUCUUUCAUACGAAACUUUAUUCGAUUUUCUCGAAUGAAUGCUUUGGUUAAUCGAACAAGUUGGCCCGAUUAUUCUAUUACAAACGUACGCAUUUAUAAAGAAGAAAACGAAAAUGUUAUUGUAAUUCCGGCCUGCAUGUUGCAAAACCCUUUAUUUGAAACUGACGUACCUAGAUAUAUGAACUAUGCAUCACUUGGAAUUUUAAUUAGUCGUGAAAUAAUUCUUGCGCUGUUUGAAAAAGGAAGCACAAGAGAUAAGAACGGGGUUUUAAGAGAUUGGUGGACCAAUAAAAGCAAGGAACAGUUUCGAAUGAAGUUACGGUGUUUUAUGAAAUACAAUUCAUUAAACAUUGCUGUAGAAAAGGAGGAGAUAAUUCCAAAAGAAUUACAUAAAAUGACAAUUGUUGAUAACAUGGCAAUUACUUUAGCUUAUCGAGCUUAUCAGAUUUGGGAAGAAAGAAAUGGGAAAGAGAAAAUUCUUCCACGAUUAGAUAACUUUACAAUUCUUCAAUUAUUCUUUUUGUCCUACACUAAUUUGUGGUGUGAUGCUGUGGAUAGAUCAUUGGAGAGAUACAGUGUUAAUCUGUCUUUUAAUAAUAUGGAAGAAUUUUCUGAAGUAUUUAACUGCACAGAAGGUCCUGUAAAGAAUCAAAGUGGAAAAUGUAACUUGUGGAAAUGAAAUGUAUGAAAAGAUUUGAUGUAUUAAGUACAAGAUAAUUUUUAACGCUAUGUUAAUUGAUAAAAACUAUGAAGAAUUUGAUCUGUAUCUUAUU